AUGACAACCAAAUUAACACCUGAUCAACUUGCAAGACAAAGGAGGAAGAUAGAAAAGGAUAAAAGAAAGAAAGUAUAUGAUGAUCAACAAGUUCAAGGUACUAAUAAUUCAUCUAUUGUUUCUAAAAGAAGUGUAGAAAAAUUAUAUUCAUUAUCAUUACAACCUGAACUUGGAGAAUUUUUCAAAUAUUUUGUACCUAAAGGUAAAAGAAGAUCACCAGCUAUAAAUAGAGGCUAUUGGAUUAGAAUGGAAUCAAUUAGACAAAUGGUUAUUAGAAUUAUUGAACAAAAUAUUGAUAAAUCUGUGAAUAUAAUUAAUUUAGGUUGUGGAUUUGAUCCAUUAGCAUUUCAAUUAUUAAAUAUUUAUAAUCAAACUAAUAAAAACUUGAAUUUUAUUGAUAUUGAUUAUCCUGAUUUGAUCAAGAAUAAAUAUGAUAUGAUUCAAAAAUCAGAAGAAAUUAAACAACUUAUAGGUGAACAAAAUCCAAUAGAAUUAGAUUGUUUGAUUAAUACCAAUAAUUAUAAACUUGUUGGAUGUGAUUUGAAACAUACUGAUAAAUAUGAAGAAAUUUUACAAAGAUUAAUAACAAAUAAAGAAGAUAUUAAUAUAUUUAUUGCUGAAGUUUCUUUAGCUUAUAUGAAACCUGUUUAUGCUAAUUCAAUUAUUGAAAUAUCUAGUAAAAUUAAUAAUAGUCAUUUUUUAAUAUUAGAACAAAUCAUGCCUGAUGGUCCAAAUAAUUCAUUUGCUACAAAAAUGUUGUAUCAUUUUAAUCAUCUUCGUAGUCCUAUUCAAUGUGUUGAAAAUUAUUCAACUAAAGAAUUACAAUUAUCUAGAUUUAAACAAUAUUAUAAAUAUGCAGAGAUUAAGAACUUGUUUGAAAAUUGGAAAUAUUUAAUUGAUUAUGAAAUGAAAGAAAAGAUAUCAAAAAUUGAAGAGUUUGAUGAAUGGGAAGAAUUUAUUAUUUUCUGUCAACAUUAUAUAAUUGUUCAUGCUAGUAAUAUUGAUCAAAUGAUUUAUGAAGUUGAAAAUGAAGAACCAAAAGAGGAAGUAAUAUACAAAAUUGAUGAAUCAUAUAAGAUGGUUCAUGAUGAUAGAUUUCCUGAUGAACAAUUUGAAUUGAAAUUUCCUGCUACCAGUUCAAUUAAUAACAAGAUAUAUGUUCAUGGUGGGUUGAAACAAACAAGAAAUGAUGAUACUUUAGAAAUUGAUAUUCAAAAAGGAACCGUGACACAAUUAGAGAAAGCUAGUGACACACCUUCACCUAGAAUGUGUCAUACUUUAACCAAAAUCAACAACAAUGAACUUGUUUUAAUUGGUGGUCGUUCUAGACCUGGACAAUAUAUGAAAGAUACAUACAAACUUAAAGAAAAUCAAUGGAUUAAAUUGGCAGAUUUGCCAUGUGGAAGAUCAAGACAUUCGACUGUGGCUAUUAACAAACAUCAGAUUUUGAUAUUUGGUGGGUUAGCAGAGGAUAACAAUGAGGAUUUAUUUAUUCUAUAUGACAGCAAUGAUAACUCGUAUAAAUCAUUGAAAAUAAUUGGGGAUAAUCCCGGUAACUUAAAGAGUUCAUGUAUGAAUUUCGAGAAUAACCAUACGUUUGGUUUGAUAAUUGGGGGUGUAAGUGAUGAUAAUGUGCCACAAGUUAACGAUAAGUUGUAUAAAUUUACCAUUGACAGAGACGGUGGCACGAUUUGUAUUGAAGAGAUUUUUCAACAUAAGUUACUAGCAAGAAUUGGUAGUAGAUUUGAAUUUGUUGGGCAGGAUAAGAUAAUUAUUGUUGGAGGUGUAUCUCCGAUACAAUUAUUUACACAAUUAACCAAUAUUAUGAGUUUAAAUUUACAAACACUUGAAUUUGAAAGUAUUAAAAUUCCUGAAUAUAUUUAUGAAACAGUUCCCCCAAUAUUUGUUGGUUUUGAAUUGGUUGAAAGUGGGGAAAAGGACGAAGAAGAUGAAGAAAAGGGUUUAUAUAUAGUUGGAGGAGGUGCAGUUUGCUAUUCAUUUGGUAGUUGCUACAAUAGUGUUUAUAAACUUGUAAAGAACUAG